CAAUGUACUUGUAUGCACCAUAGUACAUAUAUCCGCGCGGCUGCGCUUCUCUCCAGUAGUACCAUUGCUUCGCUUUUACUCCUAGGAAAUGGGAAUGAGAGAGAAAAGAGAAUCAAACCAGGCAAGAUCGUCUCUUCUUCCCCUUACUACCCCGUAUUUUCUCUUUAUUCAAUUUUAUUUUAAUGUCCGAGGCAGAUAUCACGUGAUAACAUCCCGAAAACGGUAUCGGGGCCGCACGUCACCUCUUGAAUUCUAUCGGCAGACCCAUCAACAUUAACGCGUCCUCCACAUUAUUCUGUGUCCUGCAUGUGCGUGUAG